AUUACUUCCACCCUUAAAUAAGAGCUGAAGAUGGCUGCAGCUUUCUCCUAGACUCCUCCAGGAGAAACUCUAAAGCCAGAGCCUGGGGGCAGCAUUGUGUGUCCACCUUGCCACUGAGAACAUCUACGGAAAUUGGACACUCUGGCCCCAGCAUCCACACGCUUGACUGUUGGCCACAGUAACACAGGUGUGGAUGGUCCCCAGAGCCAGGGUCCAGGAGUGCACUGAGGAUCCCUGGGGCUUCAAGGAACCCACAGCUCUGUCCAGACGGGAAUUUUUUUCCUGAGAACUUUCACCUGUUGCCCUCCUAUGGUGAACCUGGACUUGACCUUCCACUCUGAUGAUGAAGGGCUCCCCCUCCGUCCCUCCAGCUGGUUGUCUCCUCCCUCUGCUCCUCCUGCUGUUUACCGGAGUCUCUGGAGAAGUGUCUUGGUUUUCUGUGAAGGGACCAGCUGAGCCCAUCACUGUCCUGCUGGGGACUGAAGCCACCCUGCCCUGCCAGCUGUCUCCUGAACAGAGUGCAGCUCGCAUGCACAUCCGAUGGUACCGUGCCCAGCCCACCCCUGCUGUGCUGGUGUUCCACAACGGACAGGAGCAGGGAGAGGUGCAGAUGCCGGAAUACAGGGGCAGGACCCAGAUGUUUACAGAUGGCUUCACCUCCCAAGAGGUCUCCAUGGAGCUUCGAGUCAUAGGUUUAGGCUCUGCCCCUCUUGUUCACAUGACAGGACCUGAGAAUGAUGGGAUCCGAGUGUUGUGCUCCUCAAGUGGCUGGUUCCCAAAACCCAAAGUGCAAUGGAGAGACACCUCCGGGAACAUGCUACUGUCCUCCUCUGAGUUGCAGACCCAAGACAGAGAAGGGCUCUUCCAGGUGGAAGUGUCUCUUUUGGUCACAGAUAGAGCUAUUGGCAAUGUGAUCUGCUCCAUCCAAAAUCCCAUGUAUGACCAGGAGAAAUCGAAGGCCAUCCUCCUCCCAGAGCCCUUCUUCCCCAAGACGUGUCCAUGGAAAGUAGCCCUGGUUUGUUCUGUCCUCAUACUAUUGGUCCUGCUCGGUGGGAUCAGCCUUGGAAUCUGGAAAGAACAUCAAGUCAAAAGGAGAGAAAUUAAAAAAUGGUCAAAGGAACAUGAAGAAAUGCUUCUGUUGAAGAAGGGGACAAAAUCUGUACUGAAGAUCAGAGAUGACCUCCAGGCCGACCUAGAUCGGAGGAAGGCGCUGUACAAAGAAGACUGGAAGAAGGCCUUGCUGUACCCUGACUGGAGGAAGGAGCUGUUCCAGGAGGCUCCUGUGAGGAUAAAUUAUGAAAUGCCUGACCAGGACAAGACAGACUCAAGGACAGAAGAGAACAGAGGUGAGGAGACUGUCAGCAGCUCACAAGUAGACCACAACCUCAUCACACUCUCCCAGGAAGGCUUCAUGUUGGGAAGAUACUACUGGGAGGUGGAUGUCAAGGACACAGAGGAGUGGACACUAGGAGUUUAUGAGCUGUGCACUCAGGAUGCAUCACUUACAGACCCCUUGAGGAAAUUCAGAGUCCUGGAAAAGAAUGGAGAUGGAUACAGGGCUCUUGACUUCUGUUCCCAAAACAUUAAUUCGGAAGAACCUCUGCAACUGAAGACACGUCCGCUGAAGAUCGCCAUCUUCUUGGAUCAGGAAGACAAUGACCUCUCUUUCUACAACAUGACCGAUGAGACACACAUCUUUUCCUUUGCCCAGGUCCCUUUCUUGGGAUCACCCUAUCCUUACUUCACACGUAAUUCCAUGGGGCUCUCUGCAACAGCACAGCCCUAAGUGAUGUGCACAGGGAAUUCAAUGGGUGGGUGCUGCAGCGUGCUACCCGUAAGGCCCUCUUAGGCAGGCACAGGGGGCCUCUGACCAAGAGGCCUCUUAACCUGAGACUCCAUGAGCCUCGGGGAUCAGAUCCUGGACAAGAUUCUCGGACCAUCUGUGUCGUGCAUGGUGUUAUAGUUAUUAAUAGCCUUCCUUCUUUUGACAAAAAUGUGUUUAAUCAUUCCUAAGAUAAAUGAAUCCAUGGCUUUCUGAGUCUGAUAUCAUGGUUGCACCCUGCUUACACACCAGUGCAUCAGCAUCACUGUCACUAAUUAUAUAGGGUUACAUAGGACCAUUUCCAUACAAGCGUACAAUGUAUUCUGAGCACAUUACCCCCCCCCCACACA